AUGGACGCUAUCAACCUUAUCCAAGGUUGCGGUCCGCCAUUGGGCGAUCCAUGGGUGGAGGCCCACAGACAGGAUACUCGGCAUGCGGAGUCGCAGCUGUUGAAGCUGAAGAACGCGCAGGAAAUUUGGAACCGUUUGGCCUGGGUCUGGGCCAAGGGCUGGCACUGCAAGAUGCCAUGCCUUGCGGCCAAAUUGUCCUCCGUCACUUCGCUCACGACUAGCGACCCAAACAGAGUUCACGAUCGCUUGCGUCUCAACUCCACAAGCACCAACUGUGACCCAGCAAAUCUCAAUAGUGAAUUGUCAGUGCACCGGCCCGAGGCCCACUCCUCCAUGUGCGAGAAGGCAUCAUCAGCAUCAUCAUCAUCAUUAUUAUUUGUCAAUAUCAUCAUCAUCACUUGCUUUUUGGGCUGUCGAGCCUCGCAGCAGGUUACAUUCUGGAGUCUGCAUAAGAGGACGGCCAACCACCAAACUUGGGACAUUAGCAUUCGGGCCAAACCAGUGUCGUGGAAAUUCCUAUUCCAUGAAUGGGCUCGCGAGUUGAAUUUUUCGCGACGCUCUGGACUUUGCAAUCGCCACCCAAGAGUUCCACCACACUCGCAAGACGACGGGAGAGCCUUUCGAGGACGGGUUGCUGUCUACGUCAACCCUCGGUCUCUGUUGAGUUUGGACUUUUGGAGAUUGAGUUGA